AUCUAUACUUCAAACCCUGCAGGAUCGUUCAAAGCACCGAACCGUUGUCAUCACAUCGCAUAUACCUACGUCGACAAUAAUAAUUGAUUCAUCGUCGAUUCUACAUUCUGAGGAAGACAAAAACAAAACGAAUCAUUCCUGUAUGAACCGCCGUACCGACAUAUACAUACGCUCCUGCACACCACGGCCCCACCACUUCGCACGUACAUGCACGUUAUAUUAUACACACUCACACAAGUCAGACCUUGACCAUUAUUAUCAUUUCUACUACUAUAACGUACGAGUACUACUACUACUAUUAUUAUUAUUAUUAUUAUUAAAUAUUGGAUCAGAGAAUCGAUCACUAGUUAUAUUUAAUGAAUUCGCGUCGAAGUACGUGAACACCACAUUCUCUACAUAGGAUGCUACCAGUCGGACCUACUGCAGAGAUGUGGUCAAAAAUGUUGUUGUUAAGUUUAAAUAUUUACAUUCUGUUGUCAAUAGUGGAUGGCAAUAAAAUUGUAUUUUUGGAUCCUAUGGUGAAGACAAAUGAGACCUUAGCUUUAAAUGAAAAUGGAACUAAGAAUGAAAUUAAACCAAUGAGUUCUAUGUUCUCAGAUAUUAUUUUUAAUGAAACUAGACCUAUGAGUUCUAUGUUCCUAGAUAAAAUUAUUAAUGAAACUAAAUCUAUGAAGAUAAAUCCAAUGAUGAAUGAAACUAAAACUAUGAAUGAAACUAAAAUUAUGAAUGAAACUAAAACUAUGAAUGAAACAGUUCAUCAACAUGUACAGAACAAUUCAACUUCAAAUAAUGUAGAAGUAUUGUCGCUAGGUUUAUUGGAUGCAACAUUAAAUAUUGACAGAUCGAUUGAUAGUUUGCAAUCAUUAUACACCUCUAAUCGUGACACUAAUAUAGUAAUAUCACCAAUAUGUAUGGCCGCUGCUAUGUCACUUGUACUUCUGGGAGCUAAAGGUGAAACUAAAAUUGAAGUUGGUAAAUUAUUUGGUUAUGAUGUGGAGACAAUAAACCAUUUAGCUGAUAACAAUAGUCAAAAUUUUAAGAAUUUGGGAUUACUAUUAAAUUACUUUCAAGCUAACUCUGGUGAAAAAUUGGGCUCCGAAGUUAACCUAGCAAAAGCAAUUUUUGUACAGAACGGAUAUAAUAUUACAAAAAACUUUAUAAAAGCAGCUGAUGAAUAUUUAAAUAGUAAAUUGAUUACAGUUAAUUUCAAAUCAGACGGAGAACACACGAAACACAUUAUCAACCAAUGGGUAUCUAAUGAAACACGUGGAAAAAUAAAUGAUAUUAUGCCAGAUAUUCCUCCAUCUGAUACCAAGACUAUUAUUGCAAGUGCGUUAUACUUCACAGGUGAAUGGGAAAACCCAUUUUUUAUCAAUUACACCAGAAUAAAACCAUUUUGUUAUGGACCAAACACUGGUGAUAAAAAAUCAUCCAGGCAAAACAAAGAUUGUGUAUUCGUUCCAAUGAUGGUAGGCAGUAGUGAAGUAUUGUUUCAUAAAAAUGAAGAAUUAGAGUUUAAAGCCAUUGGGCUACCAUACAAAGGCAAUCAAUUUAUAACAUAUUUUGUGCUUCCCGACACAAAUGUCAGUUUAAGAGGUUUAAUUGCAAAAAUGAAUGGAAAAGUAUUAAAAAACAUAACUAAAAAUACUAAGUUAGCAGAAUUCACAUACUUUGUGCCUAAAAUGACUCUUAAGUCUUUGAUUAACCUACGUCCAGUUUUACAAAAUAUUGGAAUUAACAAAAUGUUUGACCCUUUAAAGGCUGAUUUAUCAGAUAUGGCUAUAGAUCCAGGCUCUUACAUAAGUGACAUUUUACACCAAGUUGAAAUUGAUAUCAAUGAAAUCGGUACAGUGGCAUCGGCAGCAACCGUAGUAACCAUAACAAGAGGAGGACAGGCUAUUUUUAAUGUAAACAAGCCAUUUGUAUUUUUUAUUCAUCAUGUACCAAGUGAUACAAUAGUAUUUUGGAGUACUAUUUAUAAACCUACACCAUAUUCAAUAACACCGCCAAAUUUAAAUCCUUAUAAAAAAACAUAAAUCACCUAUUAGUAUAAUUUGAAAUAUUAAAAAUUUUUUUAUUGUAAUCUUGAAUACUUAUACAAAUAUAAUAAUAUAUAUGUUAUGUUACUUCACAAA